GUUCGGUUGCGCUGUACCCCCAGCUUGUACCUCAACCACCACCGCUACGAUGUCUCUCCUCGCUCAUGUCCCCCGCCAGGCUGCCCUCCGCCAAGUUGCGCUCCGCCGCACUCCUGCCUCGUCGCGCUUUCUGACUUCUGAAGAGUCGGUGCCCUUCUCCUACAAGAGCAAGCCUGUCUUCGCGGCCAAGGUAGUCGGUUACCUCGUUGCCGGCUUCUCGAUCCCCUUUGUCGCCGCCUACUACCAGCUGUCGAAGUCCGGUGGUUCUAGUUAGAGCGAAAGAGGCUCUUUCGCUUUUAGACAUUCUUCUCUAGACGGGUUACGAUUAGGGCAGGGUAUCAGACUUAGAUGUCGGCUUAGAGUCAACCUAGAGUUCCAGAGGCCCGGUACUCCCCAACGUUUCGACUAUAAUCUGUGCGCAAGAUCGCCCUUGCAGUAAUACACUCAAUCCCGAGUUCGCCCUAUCUUCCCCCUCCUGAAAAUA